CCUUGGCCGCGCACUUUGGCGCAAAGCGCGAGGUUAAGCACGUUAGUGUAGCGUAUUCCUGGUACUGAUAGUAGUAAUACGAUGUCUGACUACGCUACUUUCCAAAAUCUGCUGUUGCAACUACAAAGCCCAGACAACGAGUCACGUACUCAAUCUGAGUCGGCGUACGAGGCUAUUGCACCAACAACUCGAUUCUCUCUGCUUCUACAAGUACUGAAUGACAAAAGUAUAGUUCCUCAGUCCCGACAUAUGGCUGCCAUCUUGGGUCGUCGACUACUUGUCAAUGACUAUGGUUCUGCAUUUGAACCUCUUCCUGAUGAGACGAAAAACUCGGCCAAGCAACAGUUAAUAUUGAUUGUUGUUCAUGAAACCGAGCAGUUGAUGCGUCGAAAAGUAGCUGAUUUAAUUUCUGAGUUGGUUCGAAUGCAGUUUGAUGAUGAUGGCAUUUCUGAAUGGCCUGAGUUCACUUCUAUCUUAUUGGAAUGGUCGAAUUCACCCGACACCGGUUUGAGAGAGGUUGCUUGCCAUAUUUUUGCAUCAGUUCCGUCACUUUUUGGGAAUCAGCAGGCACAGAGUAUUGGAAUUAUUGGUCAAUUUCUUGCCAGAGCCAUCUCUGAUCCUUCGUCUUCAGAGCUUAGAGCUGCUGGAUUGCGUGCCCUAGCUGCCUUUGCGGUUCAGAACGCGACUGAAGACUCUGUCCUUCAAGCCCUUAGAGAACUGGUUCCUGUCUCCUUACAGGCUAUUGCUACGGCAAUUCAAAAUGAUCCAGAAGACGAUACACCUCUCAAAGCCUUGGUCGAUAUCGCGGAUGCCGCUCAUAAGUACUUAAAACCCUAUCUAGCGCCUACAUUGGAAUUGUGCUAUAAAAUAUUGUGUAACGAGGAGCUUUCUGAACCACAACGACAAUUAGCCCUCGAAGUUAUUGUUACGUUGGCAGAAAACAUCCCAUCUGGUGUACGAAAGUCUUCUAAUUUGAUCGAGUCUCUUGUUGGAACAUUGUUGAAAAUGAUGUCAGAAGUUGAUGAGGAACCUGAUUGGGCAGAUGCAGAUACCGCAGAAGAGGAAGAUGAAAGUAGCAACGCUUUAACAGCAGAACUCGCUCUUGACAGGUUAUCAUGUGCUGUCGGGGGUCAGCAUGUGCUGAAUGAGAUCCGUCGAUCAGUCCCAAAUAUGCUUCAACAAGCUGACUGGAAACGACGCUAUGCGGGUUUGAUGGCCAUUUCUGCUUGUAGCGAAGGUAGCAGCAAACAGAUGGAGACAAUGCUUGGCUCUAUACUAGAUGCUGUUAUUCCUCGUCUCAGUGAUCCACAUCCACGUGUUCGGUAUGCAGCUUGCAAUUCUGUUGGCCAGAUGGCUACAGAUUUCGGCCCGAAACUACAGAAAACUCAUCACAAUAUUGUACUUCCAGCCUUAGUUCAAACACUAGAUGAUACUGUCCCUAGAGUUCAGGCCAAUGCUGGAGCUGCUCUUGUGAAUUUUUGUGAAAAAGUACCACAGAAUAUCUUGGCGAAUUAUUUGGAUGGUCUAGUUUCAAAACUUGAACAGAUAAUGAAUGCUAAAUUCCAAGAAAUGGUGGAACAUGGUCGCAAAUUAGUGCUCAUGCAAAUAGUUACAACUGUCGCAUCUGUCGCCGAUGCCGCUGAAAAGAAGUUCUUACCAUAUUAUGAUCGCUUUAUGCCGGUAUUGAAGUAUAUAAUGGAAAACGCUCUGCACAAAGAUUUACGUUUGUUACGCGGCAAAACUAUCGAAUGUAUUAGCUUAAUUGGACUGGCCGUUGGAAAGGAGAAGUUCCUUCAAGAUGUGGGACCAGUGAUGAACUUACUACUUCAAACACAAACUCAACCCGACUCUGAAUCAUCAGUCGAUGAUGAUGACCCUCAGGCUUCUUACAUGAUAAGUGCUUGGGCACGAAUCUGCAAACUUUUGGGUCGUGAUUUUGAAAGUUACCUACCCGUUGUUAUGCCUCAAGUACUGCGCUCUGCCUGUGUAAAACCGGAGAUAUGCAUACUUGAUAACGACGAGGCAGAUAAUGUGGAAACCGAUGUCGACUGGCAAGUUGUCAAACUUGGAGAGGACAGAAAUUAUGCUAUUCGAACGAGCGGACUAGAAGACAAAGCCACAGCUUGCCAAAUGCUCGUAUGUUAUGCUCGUGAAAUGAAAGAGAGCUUCGCACCAUAUUGCCAACAAGUUUUGGACAUAAUGGUUCCGUUACUUGAUUUUUAUUUCAAUGAUGAAGUUCGCAGUGCUGCAGCUGAAUGUUUACCUUUUCUCCUCAGUAGUAUGAAAGCUAAACAACCAGAGGCAGUAGCCAGUGCCUGGGAUCGUGUACACAAAAGUCUGAUACGUGCGGUAACCAAUGAACCUGAACGUGAUGUAGUUGCAGAUCAUCUACAGGCACUUUCGAAUUCUAUAGAAGCUGUAGGAAAGACAUAUAUAACCAGUGAUCAAUUAGCUGAAAUUCGGAGUUUAUUAGAUCAUCUAUUUCAUGAACACUUUGAAAAAAGUGAAGAACGCCUUGCUCAACGUCAAAAUGAGGAUUAUGAUGAAUUCGAAGAGGAACGUCUACUUAGUGAAAAAGAUGAAGAUGAGUACGUUCUUUCCAAAAUGUGUGAAGUAGUACAUUCCGUUUUUGUCACCUUUGGUGUGGAUGCCCUUCCGUUCUUUCAACAACUUAUGGUAUUCUGUGUCAAACUUUUGGAACAAAAUCGUCCUUGGUCAGAUUUGCAAUGGGGUAUAUGUUUGUGGGAUGAUGUAAUCGAGUUUACUGGAACACAAAGUUGGCAAUUCCACCAAUUCUUCCUACCUACAUUCAUUCAGGCUAUACAGCAUCAGCAACCUGAUGUUCGUCAAGCUGUCGUAUAUGGGAUUGGCGUUGCUGCUAUAAAUGGUGGUCCGGAAUAUAAUCAGAUAUUGUCUAAUUUUGUGGGUCCUCUCAUCCAGUUAAUUGAAGCCCAAGAUUCCAAAUCGGAAGAAAACAACUUGUGCACCGAAAAUGCAAUCAGUGCGGUUACUAAGAUUAUGAAAUACCGACCCGAAUGUUUGCCACCGGCAAUAGGAGGAAUUGACGCGUUGAUCAACCGAUGGCUAGGCUGGCUUCCUAUAUGGGAUGAUACCGUGGAAACUGAACAUGUUUACGGCUAUCUGUGUGACCUUCUUGAGGCCAAUAAUCCUGUUGUAAUUGGACCAGACAACUCUAAUUUACCACGUAUUGUUCGGGCCAUUGCAGAAUCCAUGUCCACAGGUGGUUUGUCUGAUAGUGACACAGAAAACAGUCGCCCGAAACUAGCAGCAGGUGAUCAAGCUAGUGGUUUCAACCAACAAAACGGUUUGGACAAACCCUCCACUUAUCAGCGCUGCGUGUCAAUAUUGCGCCACAUCCAGGGAUGUUUACUGAUAAAAAGCUAAAACUCUCAGUUUCAAGCCGGUAAAUAAAAGUAGCCUACUGUAAUAUGUCUUACAGUUGGCUUUUAGCUCGUGCAUUACUUGGGUUUUAUAUGAUGCACAGGGCGUUGCAAUUGCAUAUCCAGUUGACACUUUAAUGAGCUGUAGGAAAAACCUGUUUUGAGUUAGGUAUACGUAUAUGCCAAAGUAGUUCUAGUUUAUUCUGUUGAACGCUUUCUCCUGUAUUUUCCCACUCAUGAAUUUCCGUGACAAAUUAUUUCAGUUUUACUCUGUUCCUGCGUCUUCUUUCAAGCUUUUAGUAUCCCUACUAAAAACAGCUCAAAUCUCCACAGUAUUUUGUAGCGAAAAGGUAACGCCUAAUACAUACACAAAUCGAGUUUUAAGACAAUGAUUCAAAAAAUGAGGAAUUGAUUACAUAAGUUUUACUUAUCAAAUUAACACGCAAUAAAUAGAAUAUAAAUGAUUUUGUUUCCACUCCAGACAUUUUGUUGCCAAAGAAAGUAAAAAUAAGAAGUCCUUACAUGGGUUUUAAAAGUUGUUAGAUUGCCUUGAUUUGAACAUGAGCAAUACAUUAAAACAUCAUCCAGAAAAUAGUGCUAUGGUAUUUGUGUGCUUUAUUACAGUGAAGAAUGUUAUGUUCAAGACUCAAGUGGCCUAGUGGAGAACGCCUUGGAGUUUGAGGCGAACCAUCACUCAUUAGGGAUUACAGAUAUAUCUAGCUGAUGACUGCCAAAUAGGACGAAAUGCUCAUACUGGAUUCCACUGCUACUCACCAUUCGCCAAAUAACAUGACUGUUGUAUUUAAUUGGCGCAUAUGAAUACAUUCAGUUCUUCUUAAAUCCGGGUGACUGAAGAUACUUAAAAAUACGAAUCACAUGUGCUGGUUAUAAAUGUUGCUGAUGUUGUGAUUCCAAUUUUCUUUUAGAAGAUCGACGACUAAUUCUCAUGUUUUUCUUUCCUCUUACAGUCUAAUUCAUCCUUGGUAGAAGCUUGUGUAAGUCAGCUUAAUGAAGAACAACGUAAAGCUUUGGGUGUAGCUUUGAUGAGUCAUUGAUUCGGAUAAUUUGCAAUGCCUUUCCUGUUUGUCCAUACGAAUAAACACUAUUUGAUUCAUACAAUAACUUAUUUGUUAGAACAUACCGAUUCACUCAUAUUAUAGAUCUUGUAAAUUAUUCCAUAAGUGUAGACGGAACGCUUUUUGCAUCUCUUUCAAUUCAUUUGGUUUUCAGUUGUGGUUAUUUUGAUAUGGUCUCCAAUCUAAAAUGUUACUAAUAUUCACAAAUUGUUCUUUGUCUAUUUCACUCAAUCAGAUUCAGAUGAUAAUGUCGUCUCAUUAUGAGCGUAUGUUGCACAUACUUAUAAAUAUUGGUUUCUGUCUCCUUUCUGUAUUCAACGUAAUUUCUAUCCUCUGCUUUACUCAUAGAAUUGAUUCAAAAAAGGUUGUUUUUAUUGAUGUUGAUUGGAUAAUGAUCAGAUUUCUACAUGUAACCAACUCAAUAAGUCCAUUUCACCAAAGCUUAGUAACUACUCAAGAUAUAGUUUGCGGUAAUAAUUUUAUGAAAAUACAUGAAAUGACCGCUUGGUUUCAUACUAUUGUGUUGCUG